AAUCAUCGAUGGCAUAGCCAGCGAACGGCAGACGGAAUCGCGCCUCCCAUCCUCUGCUUUCCCCAAAGGCCAGCUCCACCGCGGCGGCGCCGCUCCUAUAAACCGUCAGUUCCCUCUAGGCGCGCUUUCCCCGCGGCAGCCUGAGCAGCCAGCCAUGCCGGGGCGGCGGGCGAUCGAGGUCCGGCAGCUGCUGCCGGCCGGCGGUGACGCCGCGACGCCGAGGUGGCGCAUGUCGCUGCUGGAGAACACGUUCAGCGGGUUCGUGCAGGGCGCCGGCGCCGAAGCCGUGUUCGCGGAUGGGUCCCUGUUCAGCCCGUUCCUGUUCGGCAAGUUCUUUGACCCAGCCGACCCGUUCCCGCUGUGGGAGUUCGAGCCGGACGUGCUGCUCGCCGCGCUGCGCCGCGGCAACGCCAGGACCGCCGUCGACUGGGCCGAGACCGACUCCGAGUACUACCUCACAGCCUACGUGCCAGGUGGAAGGAGAUGCGACGUGGAGGUGAGCGGGGACGCGAUGAAGGUGGUCGACAUCAGCGGCCUCUGGCGGGCGCCGCCGGCGGACGGCCGGGACUGGCGCGCGGGCCGGUGGUGGGAGCACGGCUUCGUCCGGCGGGUGGAGCUGCCAGAGGACGCGGAGUGGAGGAAAGUGGAGGCAUGCUUCGACGACAGCGAGGGGUCCCUGGAGAUCAGGGUUCCCAAGACCGCCGAUGCCCGCCAGGCCACGGCCUGACGCCGCCGAGAAUCGGAACCUCGCCGCGGUAUUGGAGGAGGACAGCUUAUUCUUCGAACAGCAGCAGGCAGAAAUGGAAAACGACGGCAUAAUCUUGUUGAUAAAAAAAUUUGCAAGAUACGGAGACGCAGAGAUGGAGCGAACUAGAUAGAGAUCGUCGCAGCAUGUUGCAUGCGUGCGUGUCACUGAAAAACGAUGCAUGUGAUAUGUUCUUCAGUGCCAGCUGUUCAAUUGGCUAGCUAAUUAGCAGUGUCACUGUUCCG